CGCCCCUCUCCUCCUACACAUCGAUCACCAACAACAAAUUCAACAAACUACUGCACUUGCAAGUUCGGAUUUGAGGGUUUCUAUUUGAAAACACUUCCGAUUUGUAAACACUGGCGAUGAUACGGCUUCGGUUGGAAAGUAGGGUUCCGAUAUGGAAAUGAUUUUGCUACCAGUGAAAUGAAAGUGUCAACCGAUUCAUCCUUCAAAUCUCCACCCCAAUGCUUUCUGUUUUGGAUCUCGAAGGGUUGCUGAAGAACUAAACAAGCAGGUUGGGUUAAUUACACGUUUGAUCAAAUGGUUCGUACAUUCUUUCGCAAGUUGUUGAGAUACCUAUCUUCGGAUGAUGAUGAUAGCGAUGAUGAUCUUUAUGAGGAUGUCGAAGAACAAUGUACUCGCAAACGUCGUAAAUUUAUUCGACGCAAUCAUAUUCAGGGACAUGAGCGUUUAUAUCGUGAUUAUUUUGCAGAAAAUCCGGUAUAUCCCUCGAAUCUAUUUCGACGAAGAUUUCGGAUGAGUCGUCCUCUAUUUCUCCAUAUUCUAAAUGAGGUAGUGGCUAACGAGCCAUACUUCGUCCAAAGAAGAGAUAAUAUCGGAAGACUCGGUUUAUCUUCUAUGCAAAAGAUAACGGCGGCACUUAGAAUGUUGGCCUAUGGGGUUAGUGCUGAUUUUAUGGAUGAAUACAUACGCAUCGGUGAAAGCACUGCAAUGGAGAGUCUUAAAAAAUUCUGUGAGACGAUAGUAAGUAUUUUUUCAUCUGAAUAUCUUCGGUCACCAAACACAAAUGAUAUUACCCGAUUACUUGCUGUUGCGGACCAACGAGGAUUCCCCGGAAUGCUCGGAAGCAUCGACUGCAUGCAUUGGAAGUGGAAAAAUUGUCCCACAGCCUGGAAAGGUAUGUACUCUGGCCACAUUCGUGAACCUACUAUUAUUUUGGAGGCGGUUGCUUCAUAUGAUCUUUGGAUAUGGUAUGCAUUUUUUGGUAUGCCUGGUUCACAUAACGACAUUAAUGUGUUAGAGAGAUCUUUUGUUUUCACGGAACUUGCACAAGGGCGUGCUCCACCAGUCAAUUACACAGUCAACGGCCACGACUAUACUAUGGGGUAUUACCUUGCAGAUGGUAUUUAUCCUAAGUGGCAAACUUUUGUAAAAACGAUUCCAUCACCAAGAGGGAACAAGAAUAAACAUUUUGCAAAAGCACAAGAAUCUGCAAGAAAAGAUGUCGAGCGAGCAUUUGGUGUACUUCAACAACGAUUUGCAAUCAUUCGAGGACCUUCACGAAUGUUCAAAUUGAAGGUACUAACAAAUAUAAUGAAAGCAUGUGUUAUUCUUCAUAACAUGAUCAUUGAAGACGAACGUGAUGAUGGUGAUAGUCUUAACAUUGAGUAUGAUCAACUUGACGAUGAUCUUCCUGAAUUGUCGCGCACUCAAACAAAUGAGUUUAUGGACUUCAUCCAACGUUGUCUUCUUAUUAAAGAUAGCUCGGCACAUCAUCAACUUCAAGAAGACCUAAUUGAACAUCAAUGGCUACUCUAUUCCCAACAAUAAACGAUGUCGCGCUAUAUUAGAUUGUUUUGUAGCUUUGUCUAACCUCCUACUUAUGCGUUUUUGGUGUUACGUGUAAAUCUAUUGUGUA